AGUGCGGUUUUUGUUGCACUCGAUCGCGAGCUCGUGAAGGACGAUAAAUUUGAGUAAAACUACGUUCCGGCAUCCUUUUUAGAGCUGCUUCAAGCUGAUCUUCGUGGGGAAUAGCAAAUACAACUAGCGGCAAUCAUGGCUUUACGUGCACAGUUCGAGAAUAACGACGAUAUCGGCGUGUUCAGCAAACUCACGAACUCAUACUGUUUGGUGGCGAUCGGCGGGUCGGAAGCGUUUUACAGCGUCUUUGAAUCGGAACUCGCGGAUGUUAUUCCUGUGGUGCAUGCCAGUAUAGCUGGGUGCCGCAUCAUUGGCCGAUUGUCCGUUGGCAACAAGAACGGACUGGUCGUCCCGAACAGCACCACAGACGUCGAGCUGCAACACUUGCGCAAUUCCCUUCCAGAUGCCGUGAAAAUCCAUCGCGUAGAGGAACGGCUUUCGGCGCUGGGAAAUGUGAUUGCCUGUAACGAUUAUGUAGCGUUGGUGCAUCCCGAUAUCGACAAGGAAACGGAAGAGAUCGUCGCCGAUACGCUGGGAGUGGAGGUUUACCGACAGACGGUGGCCAACAACGUGCUCGUUGGUGCUUACUCAGUGUUGAGCAAUCAAGGUGGACUGGUGCAUCCCAAAACACCGAGCCAGGAUCUGGACGAACUAGCGUCCCUGCUACAGAUCCCGCUCGUGGCCGGCACAGUGAACCGAGGAUGUGAAGUGCUGGCGGCAGGGAUGGUGGUCAACGAUUGGUGUGCAUUCUGCGGCAUGACGACGACGUCCACCGAACUGUCCGUGGUGGAGAGUGUGUUCAAGCUGAACGAAGCGCAACCAACCAAUGUCACCAACAACCUAAGAGCAUCUUUAAUUGAGGCAAUGUCGUAAACCAGUAAGUCCCUAUGUAUAACCAUUGAUGAUUACGGGUCACGAUCAAUUGGACUUCCAACGUGAUCUGACUUAUCCGGUGAAUGGACGAAAAAAGUGUGUCAAUCGAUUUAUUCGAUUGAAAGCGAGUGUUGAUGCCGCAAACAAUAUGUACAAACACUCCACAUAUUUCGCGCAUAGCGAAUUCCAUGAUACAAUAUAAAAGUUCACAAAAUA